AUGGACCCCAUGGACGUGGAUCAGCAGCACGGCGACAACGGUGAGAGUAUGAUCCACCCUUCCCGCAUCGAGCGCUCCUCGUCGAGCUCCUCGUCUUCGUCGUCUGUCGACAAUGAUCAUGAGGGACACCACAUUCAUGCUCCGAGACCAGUCCGCCCACGCCUCCCCAGUCGACAGUCCAGCGGUCCCCUCGUGGUCCCCCGCGACAGCUCCGCCGUCGGUCCCAUCGAACAGUCCUUUGGUCCCGACGAUGUGCGCGCAAUGAGCCCGAGAAGAACGAGCGAGGACAUCGAGGCCCUCGGAAGGGAAGCCAGAGAGGAACUCAAGAGGCAUGCCAAGGCACUACAGGAAUCCCUCCUCACCAUCUUCCACCGCAUCGAGGCCGUACGAGAGGAGCACGACAAGCUGGACAACAAUAAUAAGUUCCUUCAGAAGUACAUCGGUGAUCUCAUGACCACUGGCAAGAUCACCGCUACAGGUACCAAGGGCAAGAAAUAA